GAGGUCCUGCUCUGGAGCGGGGAUGACCAGGAAGGGGCCUUCUUCAUGUAUCGCAUUCCAGAGCCUUGGUUGGGCUAUAUGACGGUGUGCACUCUUGUCCCUGGCCACGUCCUAGGGAUGAAUGCGAUGGAGAUCUGGCUGGCUAUGACAAUGCCCCCCAUGUGCUGGGUGUGCAGCGUGCCCAUUUUCCAGGGCAUCCACCGGAGGGGCCCCCGGGACUGGUGGAGUACCUGCGUCGACGAAUUUGAUGCUGGCGAGGCCCUUGACUGUCAGGCUGCCUUGCCGCUGAUCGGGUCGCCCGGCAACCUCCGGGCUCGCAUGAGGGAGAGUUAUCGACGCAGCGCCAUCCGCAUCAGCGAGACCAAGGCUAACCAGCGCCAGGUCCUUGUCACCCGGAUGGGGGUCGAGGUCGAUGGGGUCGCCGGACGGGCGGCCAACGACCGGGAGAAGAACGUGCAGCUGUACAGCCUCACCUCGUGGCUGCUCACC